CUGAUUUGACGAUUGGUUGUUUCUCAACGUUUCCUGAGAGGUCGUUUCCUUGGCUAUAAAAAGCGUAAUGUACUAUAAUGUGGCUAUAGUCACUGAAUGAUUUGGCACUCAACUUAGCUCUAUAAUGUCUGGGCGCGGUAAAGGAGGCAAAGGUCUCGGAAAAGGAGGUGCAAAGCGUCACCGAAAGAUCCUUCGUGACAACAUUCAAGGUAUCACUAAACCAGCUAUUCGUCGUCUUGCUCGUCGUGGCGGUGUUAAGCGAAUCUCUGGCCUGAUCUACGAGGAGACUCGUGGCGUUCUUAAAGUUUUCCUUGAGAACGUGAUCCGUGAUGCAGUGACAUAUACCGAGCACGCUAAGAGAAAGACUGUGACAGCCAUGGAUGUGGUGUACGCUCUGAAGAGACAAGGCCGCACUCUCUACGGAUUUGACAUGGCACCAAAAGUAGCCGGAAAGAAAGGGGAGAAGAAAGCCGGAAAAGCGAAGGCGAUUGCCGAUGGCGGAAAGAAGAAGAGGAGAGGAAAGAGAAGGGAAAGCUAUGCUAUUUACAUCUACAAAGUGUUGAAGCAGGUUCACCCUGAUACUGGUAUCUCCAGCAAAGCCAUGGGCAUCAUGAACUCGUUCGUGAACGACAUAUUCGAGCGUAUCGCCACCGAAGCUUCUCGCCUGGCACAAUACAACAAGAAAUCCACCAUCAGCUCUCGCGAGAUCCAGACCGCCAUCAGGCUGCUUCUGCCCGGUGAGCUGGCUAAACACGCUGUCAGUGAAGGAACCAAGGCUGUGACUAAAUACACAAGCAGCAAGUAAACUCACUUUGUGGGUUUCACGUCCAAUUCAACGGCUCCUUUAGGAGCCACCAAAUGUUACUAAAGUCUGAUCAACUGAAGGGCCGAACGUGAAAAAGCAAAAGUUACCCAAAAAAUUAGUAUGAGAUAUUCAAGGACAAAUAGAUGUUCAAUAUUAUGUAGUUUUAUUGAAUAAAACCGGUAGAAUUACUUCCCA